GAGAGCCCUUUCAAAUUUGCCGCACAUGAUCGGACGGCCACAAAUCCACAGAUCAAAAAUAUGGCCGUUGAGAGGAAGCCCUCUCUGAUAAAUUAAAUACCGGCAUUUGUCUUCUGCUUCAGCCUUUGAAUUCUCACUGUUUACUUUCUUUCAUUUGUGCGAGACGACAAAAAAAUAAACUAAUCACAGGCUCAAUAGAUUAUAUAUUAUAUCAAAUUUUGGGUAUUUAAUGGCUUCGAGACCUGUUCUUCAACAAAACAUAGCAGCGGCAGACGGAGGAGAAGAAGCAGUAAAGCAGAAAAACAUGGCAGCUGGUGAAGGGAGGAAUCGACGUGCGCUUGGUGAUAUUGGGAAUCUUGUUACUGUCCAUGGAAUCGAGGGAAAGCAGCAGCAAAUCCCUCGAGUCAUUCGCCCCGUUACAAGUUUCUGUGCGCAAUUGCUUGCUAAUGCACAAGCAGCUGCUGAGAACAAGAAACAAAGGGCUGUAAUUGGGGACGGGGUUGUGGCACAUAAGGCUGUUCAUCAAAAGAAAGUCACUGUUAUGCCAAAGGCUGAAGAUAUAAUCGUAAUUAGUCCAGACACCGAAGAGGUGAAGAAAGUUGACAGACACUUGAACAAGAAGAAGGCCAUUGAAGGGUCUUCAAAAAAGAAAAGCCAGACAUUUACAUCAACUCUCACAGCAAGGAGCAAGGCUGCUGCUUUUGGAAUAACUAGAAUACCCAAGGAGCAGAUUGUGGAUAUUGAUGCUGCAGAUGCCAACAAUGAGCUGGCAGCAGUUGAAUAUGUUGAGGAUAUGUACAAGUUCUAUAAGCUUGUUGAGCAUGAGAGCCGGGUUUUCGACUACAUAGAUUUCCAGCCCGAGAUCAAUGAGAAAAUGAGAGCCAUACUUGUAGACUGGUUGAUUGAAGUUCACAACAAAUUUGAGCUGAUGCCAGAGACCCUUUAUCUUACAAUCAACAUAGUGGAUCGCUACCUGGCAACCAAGUCAGUGGCAAGGAAGGAACUGCAGUUGGUAGGCAUUAGUUCAAUGCUUUUAGCCUCUAAAUAUGAGGAGAUCUGGGCACCUGAAGUGAAUGAUUUCACUAAAAUCUCAGACAAUGCUUACACUAAUCAACAAGUGCUUGUUAUGGAGAAGAAAAUCCUCAGCAGGCUUGAAUGGAAUUUGACUGUCCCUACUCCUUACGUAUUCCUCGUUCGCUUCAUCAAGGCCUCUAUUCCAAAUGAACCUGCUGUGGAGAAUAUGGCCUAUUUCUUGGCUGAGCUAGGCUUGAUGAAUUAUGCAACGGUUAUGUACUGUCCAUCAAUGCUUGCAGCUUCUGCAGUUUACGGGGCACGUUGCACUCUGGACACGGCUCCUUUCUGGAAUGAGACACUCAAACUGCAUACUGGUUUUUCAGAGCAACAACUAAUGGACUGUGCUAGAGCGCUUGUUAGGUUCCACUCAUGUGCAGCAGAAAACAAACUGAGAGUGAUUUACAGGAAAUACUCUCUUGCUGAGCGAGGAGCUGUUGCCUUGCUCCCACCGGCAAAAGCUCUCCUGAAUGUUGCUGCUUCGCCACACUCGUGAGUCACAAAAACCAGAUGAAAAUUAUCCUACUUAAGUAAUUUUCAGAUUGAGUGUUGUUUAGACAUGAUGAAAAACAAUAUUUUCACCAGGAUUUAGUUUCACAACAUAUGAAUAUAUAUAUAUCAGUGUGUUUAUUAUGCUAA